GGCAGCACCUUUAACAGUAAAACCAAAGAAGAAGAACCCGCACAUGCGCAGUGUGGGUCUGAUUGAGUGUUGGUGAAGAUGUCUGCGCCCAUAGACCUGGAGCUGAAGAAGGCGUUCUCGGAGCUGCAGGUGAAGAUGAUCGACACGCAGCAGAAGGCGAAGUUGGCUGAUCUGCAGAUCGAUCAGCUGACUCGAGUUCAGAAACUCGCCAAGCUAACCAACGCAGAGAUCAGCACCCUGUCCGACAACACAAGGCUCUACGAGGGAGUCGGACGCAUGUUCAUUCUUCAGUCUAAGGAGGAUAUCAACAAUCAGCUGAUGGACAAACAGAAAACAGCUGAAGAGAAAAUUAAAGAGCUUGAGCAGAAGAAGGUGUACCUUGAACGCAGCGUGAAAGAAGCUGAAGACAACAUUAGAGAAAUGCUGCUGUCGAGGAGAACCACAGCUCAAUCAUAAAUUACACACACCUCUAACACGUGUUCCGUCAGUUACUUUGUUUGUUCAUAUUAAAAUGUUGAACCUUCA